AUGCAAAAUGAUGUGCAGCUUGCCAUCGAGGGGCAAAAAGAAUGUUUCAUCCAAGAGAUUGCCCUCAACGGCCAAGAGACAUGGAUCCAGCCGAUGUCUAUGUCGGAGCAAUUUGGACGGGCUACUCAGCGAAUAGACUUCGGUAAAGAGCUGCAAGACAACAACGAAGUUGAAGUCAAAAAGGAAGUAGAAGCGUCUCCGACCAAAGCUGAGCCAAAGGAAAAUCCCUGGGACGAAGUUAGAAAAAGCAUCUUCGAAGCGCUAACAGAAGUAAGAGUUCUCCACGACGUGCUCGCUGUUCUCAAUCACAACACGAACCCAGCGCCUCCUGCGAAUCCCCAACAACAGCCUGGACAACCUCCACAGAAGAUCUUACAAUUGGCAAGUAUUUCCGGCCCAGCGUCAUCGUCGACCGAGCAAUUGCGAGCCUCAUCAGUAGCGGCAAAGAAGAAGAGCUUCCUUCUUGCCUCCAAAGUCAUUAAAGAAGGAGCCGAGCGUCUGGAGCGAAACGAAAAACAACCUGACUUUCAUCAGGAGCUACAGUAUCUGCGCCAACAUUACAGAUUGCGAAGAAAGGGCGAAAAGAUCCUCGGAGACUUGAGCUUCAGAACUGCGGGAUCAAGCUACCCUGCUUUGGGAGAGUUCGAAGUCAUACGCGAUGCCGACUGUUCGCGAGAAAACUGUCCACUCAAAAUCAGACUUCCGCACGAGCUUCAGAACAUGGCCUGGUUGAGCAUAAAGCUGGUUCGCUGCGAUAUCAACGAUUCCUUGAAAGUGGACCUGUCAAAAGUAACGAAAGAAGAGACCGUGUCAACCUAUCAUCAUGUCAUUUCAACUAAAUACAAGCAAAAAGGAUAUCUUGAGGAAUUGCGUCAAGCGCAGCACAGCCUAUUCACUAGAGAAUUAUUUAGUCAAUUGUGCAGAGAAGUGUCUUGUUACCGGCCUAUCGUUCCAAUUUACAUGAUCGGCGACCAUAUUUCCACUCAAAUAUUCCCAGAUACGAAGCUAAUCAUCGAACUUUGUCGGAAACCAUUCAAAGCUGGCGAUGAAAUGCCCUUCGAUAGAUCGUCUGAAAGACGGUGGUUCUGCUUGGAGCAACAUCUAACCAAACUUUUGCGAGAACAUCACGCGGCGUCCAAAUCAUGCCCCGCGCCUCAUCCGACGAUCGCAACAAUGGGUAUGACGAAAAAACAGAGGAUCGCAGCGACAAAGCCGUAUAAUUUACCGAGAAUAGAGCGAAUGAGAAAAACAGUGCCAAUGAUACACAAAAUUAUCGAAGCUGCCAAGCACGCAGAGCUUCUGCGUCGAGUUGAGGAGGAGCUCGACAGCAUUGCGAAGGAGAUCGCAGAGCCGAACAUUCACAUUCACUGGCCCAUCAUUCAGAACCCUGUGCAUACGUCGAUCAAAGUCCACUUCAGUGUUGCUGGUUAUGAAAUGUGCACGAAACAAUUUGGCAUGCAUUCGAUGUUGCUCAAUGUUGGCAUUAACGGGUGCACCGCUAUUCAGCGCGAUGGAAAUAUCGUCGAGCUUGGUACAGACACUGCAGAGAUGAGACGUGUCAUAGAAGGUGAACUACUGUCGCUCCAAGUUGCUUGCCUCGCCGGACUUGUUAGGAUCAUCGACUGGACCGUCUUGAGCUCAUCGAAGGGAUGUCUGCUUCUGGCACCUCCAUCCUCAUCACAAUCAAUUACUGGCCGUGUAUCCGUACGAACAGAAAAUAGGAAAAUUCGAGUUUAUAUCGAGGAAAAAACGACGAACAGCACACCCUCUUCCGAUUUAUUGCUGGAUCCAAAAUGGAAAGUCCUUACCGACAAUGAGUGGCGCGAAGUCGACUGGGAAAAACUCGCAGGCGCAAACUUCGUUGGUAAAAUGGAUCUGAUGCUCUCUUGCUUAUGUAAAGCAGUCACUGACAAAGUUCAUAACAAUCCUUAA